GUGUUCCGUCACCGUAACGGAGGGCGUGCCAGAUAUGACCCUGACCUGACUUCUUCAUUACUUAUUGUUUUUACAGUGUCUGAAGACUGGACCAAGGUCUUUUGCUCUGCUCUGUGAUCAUCGUCAAGUUCAGCUUGAACAGAGCUGCGAACUCAAGUUUCAAAUUGACAUUCCUGUCAAACGCGGUACCGUACGGGUGCCACAUACACACAGGUAUUUAGUCUAAGCGGCGGGAGGAACUAGUCUGUUUUUUUUGGGUUCGAACUGCCAACAGUUGACCUUGCAGCCCCUUCCUUCUUAACCACCGUCAGCUCAUUAUUUAUGAGCACGAACAUGUCAAAGAUCAUGGCCUUCCCCCCUCGCAAAGAUUCUUCUUCAUCCUUCAAAGUCGUUUUACCCGUCUCCUCACUCCAGAUAUCUCCAAAUCUCGAGGCCCUUCUCCAACAUGACGAGCUUACACGCCGUGGUCAUAGCGGCGGGUCACCAACAACUCUAUACCAUACCAUCUCCCAUUCGUCGGGGUUCGCUGUCAGCCUUCCACCACCACCACCCAGAAAUACCGCGAAGAAGGCAUUCAACCCUGAGAACCGCGUCAAAGAACUUCGGCGGAAGAAGAGUGUUAACGUCAGCUCUGAUUCUUGGCCAGACGCUCUACCUGCAAUGAAUAGUCCCGUCGGUCAUUCAAGCCCCGCUUCCUCGAGAUCUGCUACGCCCAAUCCUUAUAUCAACCCAACCCCCAUCGUACCGACUAUUAAUAAUACAUUUGACGACAGAGAAGCAGGCAAGUCCUUUUCUCGGUCAUACCUCACGUCAACUCACACGAUAAUAGGCCCGAUAUCACUCCUGUCAAUACAGAAUGACCGUGCUAGUUCUACCGAGAUCGUACACUCUCUUGCCCGCAAGAGUGAACCAGAUAUCCACAAGACUUUACCUGAUCCACCCGUCCUGUCUUCCCGCUCCUCACCUGCUUUGCAUAAGGUUGAGAAAAUGUUCACAAAGGGACGCGAGUCUUUGAGCAUUCUCACAAGUGCUGCUAUUCCCAGCAGUAUGAAGCCAAAACAGGAUGAUCACGUUGAUUCCCGGCCCCACCGCACAGAUUUGGUAGAGUUAAGCGCUAAUCAAUCAUCUCUUUCGGGUCAGUUCCUCCCUCGAACUUGUUGCGGUGAAACGCUAACAUGGCUGUAGUACCCCAGACGCGACAAGGAAGAGGAUCAGGAUACCGAGCAAUUCCGCAGCAACCAUCCGCGCUUGGGGAUGUGGAUACAGCAAUGGUUUCUAGCGCAUCAUCUUUGAUAACGGAAACGCGCCAAUUCUCAC